CCUCCUCCUCACUCCCUCUGAGAAUCCUCCUCAGCAUGACCAGAAAGACCAAAGUCAGCAGGAAGCCUCCCCGGCCACUCCCUGGCCUCUUCGUGACUUUGGCCCUGGAGAGCCCAUGGAGCCCCAUCUGCCCAGGGCCAGGCCUGAGGUUCGUUCUUGUGCUGUUUUCUGAAGGCAAGUGACUGCUCCAGAAUGAAUCUCCGAUCCGAGAAGGGGAAGUAGACACCCAGUCGGCUCUCUGCUAUGGCCUGCGAACCGCGGAUAGACCCUGGUGGGGCUGCUGGCCCAUUGCCCACCCCCUCUCCUGACUGGAGCGCCCUGCCUGGGGGGAGUUCUCCCGGUUGGGGACAAGCCUCUCGUCUGCUUGCAGAGCUCCGCAACGGCCAGGUGCUCACGGUUCUCCGGAUCGACAAUACCUGUGCGCCCAUUGCCUUUGAUCUGGGAGCUGCUGAAGAGCAACUGCAGACCUGGGGCAUUCAAGUCCCGGCUGACCAGUACAGGAGCCUGGCUGAGAGCGCCCUCUUGGAGCCCCAAGUGAGAAGAUACAUCAUCUACAACUCGAGGCCCAUGAGGCUGGCUUUUGCUGUGGUUUUCUACGUGGUGGUGUGGGCCAACAUCUACUCCACCAGCCAGAUGUUUGCCCUGGGGAACCACUGGGUGGGCGUGCUGCUUGUGACCCUGGCUGCCAUGAGCUUGACACUGACUCUCGUGCUAAUCUUUGAGAGACACCAGAGAAAGGCCAACACCAACACGGACCUAAGGCUGUCGGCUGCCAACGGAGCCCUCCUGAGACAUCGGGUGCUGCUGGGGGUGACAGACACAGUGGAAGGCUGCCAGAGUGUGAUUCAGCUCUGGUUUGUCUACUUCGACCUGGAGAACUGUGUGCAAUUUUUAUCUGACCACGUUCGAGAAAUGAAGACCAGCCAGGAGCCCUUGCUGAGAAGCAGAUUGAGCCAGCUUUGUGUUGUUAUGGAGACUGGGGUGAGCCCUGAGACAGCAGAGGGGCCUGAAAACCUGUUGGAGGAAGCACCUCUCUUGCCCAGCAGCCCAAAUCCCCAGGAGAGGCCGUUGAUGCAGACGGAGCUUUGCCAGCUCGUUCCUGAGGCUGAGCCGGAGGAAAUGGCCCAGCAGUUGCUGGCGGUGUUUGGUGGCUACUACAUCCGGCUCCUGGUGACCUCCCAGCUUCCCCAGGCAGGGGGGACACGACACACGGACUCUCCAAGGAUUCCAUGCCCUUGCCAGCUCGUAGAAGCACACAUCCUUGGCACAGGGUGCUGCCCGUUCCUGGCCAGGUGACCUAGGGAUAAAGGUACUCAACUCCUCCAAGACUGAAUGAGAAGUCGGGGGCCUCAGGAGCGCAAGGUGCCUGAUGGCGAGCCUUGGGUAAGGAGAGAAACAUCUGGGAGCACUGUGAAGGCUGUCAGUCAUGUCAGCAACAAGGCUGCCUGCUCCCUCUGGGACCGUGCGCACAAACGGCUUGUCGACAUCCCAUGCUGACCCUUGGCCUUUUCAGACGCUGAUGGUUGCCGAGCUGGCCCCUCUCCAACCUAUUCUCUGUGCUGCUUAGAGCCAUGGGUGGGAAUGGAAGGGCCACUCUUCCAUCCCUUUCGUUGUCUGGAGAGCCCAGGAAAUGUGAAGAUGAUGAGACUGAGUCAGACAUACGUCAAAGCUUGGUGUCCAAUGAUGCACUCACCCCCAAGCCCUUCCUGUCAGAUGGGGAAACUGAGGCUCAGGGAGGACCCAGCUCUUUGUGGCAUUGCCUUGGUCCUCUAAAAUGACAAGAUGCCACUUCUGACCUGAAGAAGUAGAUUCCCAGAAUGUUCUCCAUUUUAAAGUUUUUCUUCCUUUGUAUUUUAUGAAAAACAGCAGCACCUGUCUUUGUCUGCUGGCACACAGGCAUCCAGGAGACAGAAGAAGAAAGCAAAUGGCAACCAUCACUGUUAAUGGGAAUAUUUGGAAAACAGCGAUCCUGUCUGAUUUGAGGACUUAUUUUGUUCAAAGGCAUGAGUUCUGGUAGCUGUAGUUCUGUGCCACAGAUGUAGAGCAACUCCCUUGUUUUCUGACACUAACUGUCCUGGAAUGAAGGAUAGUCUGUCUAAUGGAGUUCCACAAAUAGCUCAGAGGCUUCUAGGUUCUCUGUUCCCAAAAAGCUUGAAGUCCCAUUAUUCCAUAGGCUCAAAUCCUGAAGUCAUAUCCUGGCACUUAAAGGCUCCUCAGCCUCCAAGACCCAGCCUUCAUCUGCUGC